AUGGCAUGCCCGUCACAAACUCACCAAUGUGCUGUAUGUUCAAUCGACAAACCAUAUAGUGAAUUCGAAGGCAAUUACAGUGAGGCAUGCCAUCAUGUUAAACGAACUGUGUGCGAUUCAUGCGUAUACGAAAAUACGAAAUUUCUUGUCGAAAAUACAAGUGUCUACGAUGAACAACUCAUUUGUCCCGAACAAAAUUGCAAUGCAACGUUCGACUUUUACACAAUUCGAAGUAUUCUUCUUUCGUCAGGCAAGAGUCAUAUAGUAUUUGAAAAAUACGACAAAAAUUUGAUCCAUCGACGUCUCGAAGAAAUGACGGAAUUUAUUUGGUGUGCACAUGAAUGUGGAUCCGGUCAAUUGCAUGAUCUCGAAGGAUUUUCAAGUCCUGAAGUCAUAUGCAUAAAGUGUCAACUACGAACAUGUUUCACACAUCGUACUGUUUGGCAUACGGGUAUGACAUGUGCCGAAUAUGAUCUUCAACUAAGCCAAUUACCUGACGAUGGCACUUGUGCAUGGCUUGAUCAAAACACUAAAAGGUGUCCUCAGUGUCGAUGGUAUAUUGAAAAAAAUGCAGGAUGCAAUGAGAUGAAAUGUCGUCGCUGUCAACAUAAAUUUUGUUGGGAAUGUCAAGCUGAUUACAAACUCAUUUCACGUGAAGGAAAAAGUAAUCAUCGUUCAUGGUGCAGUCAUUAUAAGGCAAAGCCUGUCAAUGUGUCUGGUCAACAGCAGACACAACGAUGGUGUAAUGUACAAUGA